UGCGCCUCUCGCCUGCCUGCCCGCGGAGUAGCCGUGCAAGCACAGUCGAGUGAGAGCGGCCACGACGAUGCCCCGGAAAACUCGCUCUCUGCUCUCCAUAGCAUGGCUCUUCCUCGUCGCUUUCGCGCCGCAGGCUACCACCGCGUGCCCCAGUCGCUGCCUUUGCUUUCGCACCACCGUGAGGUGCAUGCAUUUAAUGCUGGAGAAUAUACCUGCCGUCUCCCCGCAGACCACAAUCCUGGAUUUGCGAUUCAAUAAAAUCAAAGAUAUUCCAGUUGCAGCCUUCAGACGUUUGAAGCACCUCAAUACACUGCUGUUAAACAACAACCAAAUAAGGAGAAUUCCCAGGGGUGCGUUUGAAGACUUGGAGAAUUUAAAAUAUCUCUAUUUGUACAAGAAUGAAAUCCAAUCACUUGACAGGCAAGCAUUUAAGGGACUUGUCUCUCUAGAACAACUGUAUCUCCACUUCAAUCAAAUAGAAUCUUUAGAACCAGCUUCCUUCAGUGACCUUCCAAAGCUCGAAAGGCUUUUUUUGCACAACAAUAGAUUGUCGCAGAUCUUGCCUGGAACAUUCAGUCAGUUAGAGUCCAUGAAAAGAUUGAGAUUGGACUCCAAUAGCCUGAAUUGUAACUGCGAUCUGAUGUGGUUGGCUGAGAUGCUGCAGGAAUAUGCUGAAUCAAGUAACACACAAGCAGCAGCUACCUGCGAGUAUCCCAAAAGGCUGCAGGGAAGAUCUGUUGCCACAGUUACACCAGAAGAAUUCAAUUGUGAGAAACCACGAAUCACAACGCAGCCACAGGAUGCGGAUGUAACAUCUGGGAACACUGUGUACUUUACCUGCCGAGCUGAGGGAAAUCCAAAGCCUGAAAUAAUUUGGCUUCGUAACAAUAAUGCACUAGAUAUGAAGUAUAAUCCACGCUUAAAUCUAUUUAAUUCUAUAUACCUCCCCCGCACAUUACAAGCCACCCUUCAGUUCCCUGGAUUUUCCAAACCCAGGUCCCCCCUCUGGUGGCCUGUAAAGGCACAACCUACAACUGGGCCUGAUAUCGAGGUUAAUGGAAAUCUGCUCUUGUUUAUAGGCAGUGCAUUUCCUGGAGACAGGCGGUUUAUUUUCCUACCCUCAGGAUCAUUGAGGAUUUCCGGAGUUGCUCUUCACGAUGCGGGCCAAUAUGAAUGCCAGGCCGAUAAUGUUGUUGGUGCCCGUCGAAUUGCUGUCCUGCUAACUGUGCAACGCCGAGUAUCGCUGGUCUUCACAAACCGACCAGCUGACCAGACGGUUGCAGUUGGAACAGAUGUGCAGAUUCCCUGCAGUGCUCGAGGCAGCCCGGAACCUACUCUAACAUGGAGUAAGGAUGGAAUUCAGGUAACAGAGAGUGGAAAAUUUCACAUUGGCUCCGAAGGAUUUCUUUCAAUUCGUGAUGUUGGAUCAGGAGAUGGAGGACAGUAUGAAUGCAUUGCCAGGAACAACAUUGAUCACUCCGUCGCUAGCAUGGUGUUGACUGUGGUUGUCCCUGACAUUGUUCGAAGUGGCGAUACCUUUGUGGAGUCCUCAAUCAAGGAAGCUAUUCAGAGUGUUGACAGUGCCAUCAACUCCACCCGCACUAAUUUGUUUGGGAGCCGGCCUCAAACUCCGAGUGAACUGUUUGCCUUGUUCCGUUAUCCACGACUGCCGAUUGUUUUUGAUCUUGCACGAGCAGGGGAAGUUUUUGAACGGACCUUGCAACUCAUUCAGGAGCAUGUAAAUCGCGGACUGAUGGUUGAUCUAAACGGAACAGGUUUUCGCUAUAAUGACCUUUUGUCUCCAAGGUUCCUGAGCCUGAUUGCAAAUCUGUCAGGCUGCACGGCCCACCGUCGAAUCAAUAACUGUUCCGACAUUUGCUUCCAUCAGAAGUACCGAUCUCACGAUGGAACAUGCAACAAUCUCCAGCAUCCCAUGUGGGGAGCUUCCCUGACUGCCUUUGAACGCCUUCUGAAGCCAGUCUAUGAAAACGGGUUUAAUCUGCCGAGAGGAAUUAAUCGAGACCGGUUUUCCAAUGGGUUUCCUCUCCCUCUACCUCGCCUCAUUUCAACCUCUCUGGUAGGCACUGAAGCCAUUACCCCUGACGACCAGUACACACACAUGUUGAUGCAGUGGGGUCAGUUCGUUGAUCAUGAUAUAGAUUUGACUGUUACAGCAUUAAGUCUUUCCAGGUUUUCAGACGGUCAAGGCUGUAGUUCUGUCUGCACAAAUGACCCACCGUGCUUUCCCAUCUUGAUUCCUCAAAAUGACCCCAGAGUGCGUAAUGGAGCUCGCUGUAUGUUUUUUGUACGGUCUAGUCCUGUCUGUGGAAGUGGGAUGACGUCAUUGUUAAUGGAAUCCGUGUAUCCACGGGAGCAGAUCAACCAGUUGACGUCUUUUAUUGAUGCGUCCAAUGUAUAUGGGAGCUCAGACCAGGAAGCUGAGGAAAUCCGUGACCUGGCCAGCCAACGAGGCCUGCUGAAGCAAGGGAUAGCACACCGCUUGGGGAAACCACUUUUGCCAUUUGCUACUGGUCCUCCCACGGAGUGCAUGAGAGAUGAAAACGAAAGUCCCAUUCCUUGCUUCCUGGCUGGGGAUCAUCGCUCCAACGAGCACAUGGGUUUAACCAGCAUGCACACAGUUUGGUUUCGAGAACACAACCGAAUUGCCACCGAGCUCCUAAAGCUGAAUCCUCAUUGGGACGGUGAAACUAUUUACCAUGAAGCUCGUAAAAUAGUUGGUGCCCAGAUGCAGCACAUCACCUACAGCCACUGGCUACCCAAGAUUUUCGGUGACUUUGGAAUGAGAAUGCUUGGGGACUACAAAGGCUACGAGCCCAGUGUUAAUUCAGGAAUAGUGAAUGUGUUUGCCACGGCGGCCUUUAGAUUUGGGCACACGCUGAUUAACCCAAUUCUUUACCGGCUGGACGAUACAUUUCAGCCCAUUCCGCAGGGCCACCUUUCUCUUCACAAAGCGUUUUUCUCUCCGUUCCGUAUAGUGAACGAGGGUGGCAUUGACCCGUUGCUGCGCGGAUUGUUUGCAGUUCCAGGAAAGAUGCGGGUCCCCACGGAGCUGGUAAAUACAGAACUCACAGAGCGCCUUUUCUCCAUGGCACAUGCAGUGGCACUGGAUCUAGCUGCUAUGAACAUUCAGAGAGGUAGGGACCACGGAAUACCUCCUUACAAUGAUUACAGAGUCUACUGUAAUCUCACUUCGGCUCAGGAAUUCGAAGACCUAAAAAAUGAAAUUAAGAAUCCACAAAUUAGAGAAAAGCUCAGGAAUUUAUAUGGUACUCCGUUGAACAUAGAUUUAUUCCCUGCAUUAAUGGUGGAAGACCUAAUACCAGGAUCCAGAUUGGGACCAACUCUUCUCUGUUUGUUAUCAACUCAGUUUAAACGUCUUCGAGACGGUGACAGGUUCUGGUAUGCGAAUCCUGGGGUGUUCACUCCAGCCCAGCUGACCCAGAUCAAGCAGACUUCUCUUGGCAGAGUGCUGUGUGACAAUGGGGACAACAUCACCAGGGUGCAGGCUGAUGUGUUCAGAGUGGCAGAAUAUCCUCAUGGUUAUCAAAGUUGUGCCGACAUGCCAAGGAUGGACCUAAGGAUGUGGCAAGACUGCUGCGAAGAUUGCAGAACUCGAGGACAAUUCAAUGCACUGUCGCACCAUUUCCGUGGCAAACGGUCAUCUAAACACAGCUUCCAUGAUGAAUCACCAUUAAGGACAAAGAGAAGUCCCACACGUUCCAGUUCUUUGAUGAAUGCCUUUCAUGCUGACAAUCUAACGUUGUCAUCGAAAGCCGCUUCUGCAAAAGCUGAUAGCCCUGCCAAUGAUUUCCAGGAUUUUGUGACGGGCAUACAAAAGACCAUCACUGAUCUUCAAAAUCAGAUUAAAACACUUGAAGCGCGACUCAGUAAAUCUGGUUGUACUGAUGGAAAAGCAAGAGAACGAUCCAACAACGAGAAGUGGAAAGAGGACUCUUGCACCACCUGCAUAUGCAAGGAGGGGCAACUUACGUGCUUUGUUGAAACAUGCCCACCAGCCAGUUGUUCUAAUCCUGUAAAGAUGGAGGGAAUGUGCUGUCCAGUCUGCACAAGACAAGAUGAAAAUUCCUAAACCAUCACUGCAGAACUGAAGGGGAUAUAGGAACCUUUAUAUUCUCCAAUGAGUUGUGAUGUAUGGAUGUCAGUAUGAAUACUGUGUGCUUUCAGAACUACCCAUCAGUAUUCAUUCAAAAAUGGAAAGGAAACUUCAAUUUGAGGAAAUCCCAAGAAAUAUUAAACAAAAGUGCUCGAAUGCAUGCUUCAUGUUAACUGAUUAUAAAUCAGUAACGUAAUUAAACAUUAUAUGUGCAUGUACCGUGUAUGUACUGUCAAAGAGAACCACAAUGCAAAAGUAUUGAAAGGGAAGUAGUAUGUUAUCUAUGACAGGGUGAUUUCAAUUUGUUUGCCAUGUUUUCUUAGUAAGAAGCUUCUCAGGUUCGAAAUGCCAAAAUGAAAGUGGUGCUACAUGUAUCUUGUAUUUGAUAUUAUAGUGAAUAGCAGGAGCUAACAUACCAUAACAUUUCCAGACUCCUUUAUUUGCUUGAAAGCAAAAUCUAUCUCAAGAACUCAUCUAGUUCAGCAACCAUAUGUCUUUGCUUUUUGAAUGAGUGUGAAAAAUAGUUUAAGGAGGAAUAAAAACACUAAAGCAGUGCUUUUUUUUAAUAAAUAUAUAUAUUUUUUACUCUGUUAUAGAGUUCCCCCAGGUGUUUGGUGUGCUAGGAGUCUUUCACCAUUCCAAGGUGUUGAGACUUGUCGGCUGUUCUUUUAGUUACUUGGCUCUGCUUGGAAAUAAUGUGAAGAUGUUAUUUGUACAAUUCAGACAUUUGGUACAUAGAUGCCUACUAAUUUACAGGUUGGUGUACAUAUACAUUGAAAAAGUGCCUCUGGUGUUUUGCUAAUUGGCACUGUAUGUCAGCGUUCUCACACAAUAAGUAAGAUCAUUUUUUUUUUUAGCAAUCUAGAUUAGAACCUUUAAAGAGUUUUUUUUAACGUCUUUGUGGCCUGGCUACUGAAUAUUCAGCUCUAACCAUUACACCUUAUUGGAUAUAUGGCAUUUUGCACUUCCUGAAUUUUUGGAUAAUUUUUUAAUGUACUGGUAGUGUUUUUUUUUUUACAUUGUUGGAAUUGUUACUGUAUACAGGCAUAAGAAAUGGAGAAUGAGGGGAGGGGGGGGGGGGGGGGGGUAUAAAAGGGUUUUCUUACUCCCUGAUUGUUCACUGAUCAGCUGUGCUAACCAAUGAAACAGUAUUAAAUAUUGUCUAACAUUUAUAAUCAUUGUUUCUUUAUUGUAGGGAAGAAAUUUUAUUUAUUUGCUCAGUCAGGUGUAAUUGGUCACUUUUAUUCAUUGAUGAAGGAUAGAUAUCAUUUUUUGUUAAAGCAUACAGUAAUCAUACCUCAGCUUUUCCAUUUCGGGUGCUAAUUGAUUGAAAAACAAAAUUGUCAAGUUACUUUAAAAGAAAAAGUAGCCACAUUUGUAAUAUGCCAAACCGGCAUAGAUUUAUUAACAUGAAGCCCUUUUUAAGUUAUUUUAAUACUGAAAAGAUUUGUAAUAGAAAAAACAUCACAGCAGCAACAAAAUCCCACGUGAUUAAUUGUUUUGUUUGGAUCUUUUUGUGAAAACAAACCACCAAUUUACAGGGAAGAUUCAUUAUCAUGACUUUCAAUGUUAAGGUAGUCUUUUCUCCGUGCUUCACGGGUAUAAAGGAACAAUGUUGUAAUGUGGAAAAUACUAGCUGUUAUUUCUGCUUAUAGAAAAUUUGUCUGGGUUCAUUUUUGUUUCAAAAUCUGUUUUAUCUUUGUCUUGAGCACAUGAAAAAGCUGGUGAUAGCUCCACAGGCAGAGUGAUAACUCCCAUUCUGUAUGAUUCUUUGCAGGCUGUGAUACUGAUUAAUGAAUUGUUCUGGUGGAACAAUGUGAGGCAGUUCUGCUGCUUUGGUGUUAUUCUAUCUUUCUCCUAACAGCAGUGCUGAUUAGUUUUUAUACUGAACAAUGUCCAUGUUGAAUUUGUUCAUACUGUCCUGGCGCUGAAAGUCUUAAUAGCCAUAUUAGUUCAAUGAGAACAGAACAGGAGAACAGCCUAUGCUCUUUACCUAGCAUAAAAUAAUAAAUUUACCAAAGAGAUGUUUGCACUGUGUAAUACUUUUGUAUGAAUCAAAUUAAACAGACCACAAUAUCUGAAAAGUGCAGUGU